GUGGAGCUUUAUGUUUUCCACCUCAAUACAACCCGCUAGCCUGUGCUGCAUCCCUUUCUUCUAUGUAUUGUGGCUGUAGACUUUCCCGUUGAUGGUUGUUUGCGGACCGCCAAAGGCAAGAUUUUAAUCGAUCCACCAGCCAGUUUGUAACUCGGAGUGUACAAGUGUAAAGGACAGUUUUCAGUGCGAGAGUCCGCGAUGCAGUACCGAUCGAGUGUGUCCAGCAGGAGUUCCCUGUUCCCGUCGCAGUCCCAGUCCCAGCAGCAUUACCGGGGAUCCGGAGCAGCUGGUGCCCAUUCGCAACAGCGGGCCAAACCCGCUCUGCCCCGGUUGGGCAAGUCCGACGACAGCUUCAACGUCGAUUCCGGGCUGGAAACGUCCGAGUUUGACUUUGUAGACUUUGCCGAGGACGUGUUCAACUGCCGGGAGGCUCCGCCACCGAAGCUGAUCCAGGAGGCAGCGGCCCUGUUCGGACUGGUGGCCGGAACCGCGAACCGUCGGCCACCGAACACCCGCCAUCGGCCGCGGACCCUGAUCGAACCACAGCAGCCGAAACGGACCCAGCAUCCGCUCCUAACUGGGAAGUACCAUCGGCGCCGGAAUCGUAGCCGUGUCUCGUUCGACUUUGACCCACCGUCGUCGUCGCCGUCCCAUCAUGACCUAGUUGACUUGCAGUCGACCGAGGACCAGCGCCGACAGCGGUCGCAUCCGCGCGCAUCUCCGACGACCAAACGGCAGCCCAUACCGGUGAAGCCACCAACGGUUCCAGCGCCGCCACCGACACCCCAGCACAAGGCCCAGCUUCCUGCUCCUGCUCCUCCUCCACCACCCCCUCCGCCGCAGAGGAUGAUGAACUGGACGCGAAGUGAUGCCGCGAGGGCACUCCAGGCGGAGGCCCAGGCCGUUGAGUUGCUCAAGUCGCCGCACGUGCUCGUGUUACGCUUUCCCGAUCCGGAACUCAACAAGGACAUCAUCCAGGGCUACUCGCCGAGCAUCGAGACCGUUAUUUUCCAUCGGCCGUCAACGCCAAGGUAUUGCUUGGUGCAUCUGAAGCCCGAUGCAGACGUUGACCGGGUCAUCGAGCAGCUCUCCAAGAUCUCCUUUGGAACUGGGAAGAUAACGGUCGAGCGUAAGACGAAGAACGUGGAGCCAAAACCGGUGAUGCAACCGGAAGAAAUCGAUCCGGUGACCCUGUUCAUCGGCAACCUGCCCAACGCGGUCACCGUGUUUACCGUGAAGCAGAUGUUCCCGACGGCCAAGCGCAUCGACAUUGGCCACGCCCAGCGCAUGAAGCACACCCGCUAUGCGUUCAUCCGGUUCCACUGCGUGACGGACGCGAUCGGCGCGUUCCGGGCCAACUUCAACAAGGUCAUCGACGGGAAGAACAUCAUUCUGCGCUUCCGGCGGUUCAACGCGCCCAUCGCUCUGCCCGAGGACACGGCCACGCCCAAGACGCCGAAGCGACGCCACGGGCAGCUGUUUGUGUCGGUGGAGCAGAAGCCGAACCGGGCCGCCAUCGUGGGUGGAUGCAUUCAGGUGCCGAAGCACGACAUUCAUCAUUCAGAUACGCUCAACACAAUUAAAACGGAAAUUUUAGACGAAGAUACGGUGAGGCCUGCGGGCAUUGGAGUGAGGCCAAAGGUGAAAGCGGAACCACCGGAAAUUCCUAGCGUUGGACCGGAGGAUGAGCUGGAGGAGUCGGACGACGACAUUGAGGACUUUCUCGAGGACGACGCGGGCGGCAACGUCAACCUGGACGAGAUUAACACGGAUGCCGCGUACUGCGAGGACGACGACACCGAUAUUGCUGCGUUCGACAAGAACUACUGGACGCUGGAGCAGCUGCGCUGCAAGGUCAACAACAACGACGCGGACGACGCUUCGUCGUCGAUUUCCGAACCGAAAGAGUGCGACGUUUUUAUGGAGCUCGAAACGGGCACCAAGACCAGCUCGACCACGUACACUACGGAUACGAAGGAUCACAAACCGGCAGCGUUCAUCAUGAGCAAGAGGCGUGACGAUCAGAUGCAGGACUUGUUCAGCAAUCUGGAACCGGACGACGAUUUGUCGCUGUAAACGCGACGUUUCGCUUGUUUGAAUAUUGGAUAAUCUCAAGUUUGCCAUUUCGGAACAUCGUUACUUAGCGGGUAGGAAAAAAACAAACACACUUUUGCAAUUUGCACUUCCAUUACUCAACAAUACAGAGCAAAACAUUUUGUGAUGUUUAGAAAGACUGCUUCCGUUGAUGCCGCUUCGUGUAGGGUUAGAAGAAGAAAUCAAAGUGACUAUCUAAUAUAUAUAUAUUUGUCGCAGCGACUAGUUCAGCGAAAGGUAAGCGCGUUUUAUUGUCAAUCAUUAGUUAACUGUGUGUGCAUUCCGUUAGUGAUCGUAGUGCGAUAGAGCGAAGCAAUAAAAGAACUUUAAACCCUUGAAA